AUGUUUGAACUAAUUAGUAUGAGUAAUUUGGACUCCGGUGCACAUUCAUCUCACGGAAAUUUUAAUUUAAACUCUAAUUCUAUUGGCAUUUCCUGUGAAAAUGAAAAUUUAUCAAAAUGUGUUACACCAACCCUUAAAUCUAGAAAAAGGUCUUCGCCUGAAGAUAAACCACUUUCAAAAUCCGAAAAUUUUGAAUCUUUUGAUAAUCCAAUCUCUGAUGAGUUAAUGGAUAGUGUAAAAAAUUUUUCAAAUGAAGUUGAGGAUAAAUUAAACAGCAUAGAGGAAAAGGGUGUUAUACAUAAAAACCCUUCCACUGAAAAUCAUAGUGUAAAAUAUUUAAAAACACCGAAUAGCCGUGUUAAAUCAACAAAUUCAGCAACUACUGGAGAUAUGUGUUGCGAAACUAGAAAAAUUAGUGAACAAACGCCUAAACCCAGCGGCGUUCAUAGACUGUCAAUGUUGGAUCUGCUAAUGAACAAUGAUAAUUGUUUAGACGAAACAAGCGAUAACGUUUCGGAAGUUUACAGUUCCUUAACCUCCUCAGUUAAUAGGUUAGGAACGCCUGUGAGAUCCAAUUCAAAGGAUUAUACAAAAAAGUAUGAUAGUUUUCAAUCCUUAAGUACAACGGAUAUUGAAUCGUCUAACGCUGAAAUUGAUAGAAAUCGUUCUGAAGAGACUUUUUCUAGUAGUGAACCUGUAAUAUCGGAUGAUACGGUUCGCACUGAGGAAAUGGUUACUGCGGAAAGCGGAUAUUCAACUGAUAUUGAACCAGUUGUAGAUGAGUUUGAACAUUUAAUUAAGUGUUUAAGAGACCCGGAAUAUUUUGAAAAGUUAGAAAACCUCCCUACUUUACUAUUUCUGUCAGAGCUAGAGUUUGAUAAACUGUUGAAACUAGAAGAUAUUUUAGUUCCAAUACUCAAACAGUUACAAGAAGCGAGUAACUUUUUUUACAAAUUGUAUGUUAUGAACGUUGCUUUGCAGAUAAUGGAACCCAAAUUGAACAUAAAAACUUUUUACGAAAACAUAACAAGUUUAAUAAAAGUAGCUUGCGGACCUAAUACACCGUUCAACCCUGAAAAUAUAGAGAAUGGAGGAUUGGAACAAAUGUUCAUCCAAUUAUUGAAUAGUACCUCAAGUCUGUUGGUACAUCUGGGUUCUGAUGAGUUGGAUGUUUUGUUUAAGCUCCUAUUCCCUUUCUUUUACAAUUUCUAUCCAAUUGAUAUGAUUAUUGUCGCCGCUUUUGGAGUUUGUAAGGAAAUUGUUAAGAGGCUUCACCUAGACCAAGUUAAGUCAGCUUUGAAGUACAUAACUUCUAACUUUAUAUUUUUUAACACUCGCCUAUACAACACUAACACACCCACAAGUAAUGAUAGCAGUUGUAUUUCUAAAUCAACCUCCACUGAAAACAGUGCUAAAGUUAGAAAAGAAGAUGAUAGCGUAAAAAUAUAUACGAGAGAUAGGGACACAGGAAAUACAAAUAAUUUCUAUUAUGUGGAGAUUAUAGUGAUACUGUUUGAGCAAAUGUUCAUUAACACGUCUAGAAUAGACGAGAAUAAUAUAGGUGAAGGUAUCGGAGAUGAAAAGGAGUCUUACGGAAUAUUUAAGAAUAAUUUUAGAGAUUUUGUAAAUGACACGUUUUAUAUGGAGAAUGUAACGUUUAGAAGCCGAAAAGUAUUUUUUCAAAUUUUGAUACAGAAACUAGAAAAUCCCAAGCACCCAUUCGUGUCGUUCAUGGUGUAUGAAUUGUUGUCUAUGUUAAUUGCGCACAUUAACGGGAAUUAUCUAAAUGGUAAGAGACCAAAUGAGAAAGAAGAUGUUAAAGAAAUAAAGGGAGAAAAGAAUACAAAAAAACUACAGUCACUUAGGUUCCUGCUGAUAAUAUCAAGUCAUUUGUUCGAAUUGUAUAAUAGAGUUCUAAGAAUUCCAUUUGUAAACCGUAAUAAAACUAAGUAUCUGAGUGAUUUGGAUUUAAGUAAAAAUAUGAAAGAAAUAACAUUUGAGAAUAUUAAGGAAAAUAUUAUGGGAUAUUUGAAUUACAUUAGCAUAAAAGACGCUACUUCAGAGCUGAAUAACCUUGGAACGUGCAUAUUUUACACGUUCCUUAAGGACUACUGUUACAUUAACAAUGUGAAGGAGAUGCAACAGUUGCUGUUGUUCCUUAAAAUUUUUAAAUAUUUAGGAGUGAAUAAUGCUAAUUUCUCUGGUGUCAGUGGAUCGAAUAAAAAAAUUAAUUAUAUUUUCAACAAUAUUAACUAUUCCCACGUGUUCAAUUACCCAUACCUGUCGGAAGCCAAAUACCAUAACAGCCCCGCACAUAGGAUAGAUCUUUUAAUUCUGGAUCUGUAUGUUUACAAUAUUGUUCGCGAGCUCUAUGAUUCGAUAUUGGAUACGGUUAUUAAUUUAAUACACACAAUUAAUGAAAAUACGACACUUAGACUAUGCAUUGAUUUCAUAUAUGAGGUGGUGAGUAAGAACUACGAUUACCUGUUGGAUAAAAAAAUAAAAACCAUGUUGUUGAUCUCAAUAUCAGACUACAACGUUUACGUUAGACAACAAGUCAUAAAUAUAUACACAAAUUUUCUGGUUCAUUUCUACAAUAAGAAGGGAGUUUCAGGGAAAAAUGCUAGAGAUGAUAUUGAAUUUGAGGACGAACUUAUGAGAUACAUAUCUGAAAUUCUUAUAGACAAGAUGUUAUUAACUACAAAGGAUUUAAAUUAUAAAAUCAGGCUAGGAUCACUGAAGUUCCUACAUAUGUUCCUCAGCCUAGUGCAAAUCGAAAGAUAUUUUGAUGUAGUGUCUGCUUUGGCCGGAAGAAGUUUAGACUCAUAUAGAGAACACCAACAAGUUAAAAGGGCACUAUAUAACCUGUUGUGUAGCGCGUUCUUUAUAUACUCAAUAGAAACUUUAAAUUCUGAUUCGUUUUCGAGCAUUAAACAUACCUAUGAAAAUAAAUCAAAUAGUCAAGUGAGUCCAGAAGAACAAUUUUUGAAAAGAUCACUCGAUCACCAAAAGAAGAUGUUUUUGGAAAGAUUUGUCAGGGUAAUACUUUAUAAAAUGGAGUCUUACAAAGGAAAACUAAACCCUAUUCUAAUAAUGUUCAACUAUUACCAAAGUAAUACUGAAGUUAUAUUGGACCCAAUUGGUUAUUAUGGCGGUAGUCGUAAUUCUAAUAUGACAAGGAAAGAUGUAGUAGGAAAUAAUACUAAUUUAACUGAUCCCGAAACAAUAGUAAAUAAUUGGCUAGAAAAUUUACUUGAUUUAUUUUUGAUGAAGAGGUCCACGGGUGCCCGCUACUUCGAACUUACUGAGGCUUUGAGUGUGUUUAAGCUAUUUGGAGAAGUUUACCCAAAGCUUUUUGUAAAACAUCUAGUUUAUUUCAUACCGUACCUGAAGCUAGUGGAUGGGAUUCUACUAGACGUUGAACAAGUUAACCUGAUUAUUGCAAUUAACAACCUCAUAAUUAUAGUCUAUAGGUACCUUAAAAACUCCAAACCUGCCACAAAAGGUGAUGCUGUGAAAGAUGAAGAUGAGAUAUUGUGUGAAUUGAACAACAUAGCCAACAAUGUAGUUGGCCUGGUCAACUAUAAUUCACCCAUUUUGGUAAGGUCAAUAAUUCAGCUACUGACCUAUAACAAUCAGGAAUAUCUAAUGAAGAUAUAUGAAACAUCAUUUAAGUACCUCAACAACAUAAAGAAAAUUCUAUCCUCUUUCCUGAAUUCUAACUUGGGGAAAGAUAAGCUGGAAUUGAGAAGUAGUGUUUUGAAUCACAAGAUGCUGGGUAAUUUAAACGUGAGUAUAUACUCGUGGCAGCUGGCCUGCAUAUCUGAGUUUAACGACACUGAAUUCAAGGUUUUCAAGCUUUUCAUAGAAAUAUUCAAGCUGUACAAUGGCUUGGAUAUCGAAAGUAUCUCAGGCCUGUUAAUCCAGUGCUGUUGUAGGUACAUGUCAAACCUAAAUAACCUUUACAAAGUCGACCACAAAGAAUUGAAGUCUGUGCUUUCAGAAAUUUAUGAAUAUUACCAGACUAAGCCAGACAAAUACAAUAAUCUGAUCCUGAUACUGAAUCGAAUGUUGAACACAUACCAUGCUUUAUCCUCAAGUUCAGAUUCUGAAACCCCUGAUUCUGAAAAUAUUAUCGACCAAGACAACAAAAAUCAGAAAGAGAAAAGAGACUUGAUAAACCUAAUGUAUAUAAUGAUACAAAAGUAUACAAAUGCAUUCAUGAGCCUAAUAACUAACUAUUACGAUAAUGAAGGUAAGGCUGGAAUUACAGAUCUUGAAAAUCACCUUUAUUUUAAUAAAGAAGAGAAUCAGGAAAAGUUAUUUGGAGAGGUAUUAUAUGAUAAAUAUGAUAAGGUGGUGUACAUGGAGAUUAUAGAGAUAAUUAUUGUUAAUCGACUUACAAACGUGCAGGAGUUGUUGCCCUUUGUAUUUGCACAGUUAAUUUCACCAGAUUUACACGUACAGAGGGUGGCAGAAAAUAACUUAAAGAUCAUAAUUAAGCAGGAUAUUAACCUAUUCCUGGGUAAGAUGAACACUUGUUUCGAAACUCUCUUUAAAAGUGUGGUCCAUCAAUUUUUCAGAAACAGUUUCGUUCUAGGUGUUGCAGGAGAGUUCAUUCAUUCAGCGCUCCAAGGAGUGUUUAGAAUAUAUCUAGAACUACUUCAGGCUAAGAGAUCUAACACAAAGAUGUUUAUAACAUCACUACUAAUGCAGACCAAGACGAUACACACAAUUGAGUUUAAAGAUUGGAUCGAGAGAGAAAUAAAGUUGGGAAAUAGGAAUGAUUGGAAACUUUUAAAUUCAAUGAAAGUGUACGAAGGAUUCAUAAACAAACUCAAGGAACUAGUAGACAAGAUCAAGGUAGAAAAGGGAGAGGAGAGGAACAAAUUAUUUUUAGAGUAUUUUCAAUAUCUGUAUGCAAAUCUUAUUUGUGUAUUACUCGAUGGGCUCACAUUUAAAAACAAGAAGGAUUCAGCUUUCGCAAUCACAAAGAUUCGUGAUGUUGUAAAUGACAAUACACACAUUUUAACAUCAGACGAUAAAAUUACAAAAUUCGUAAACACCAGACUCAAGAGGAUCUCUAAUAGAAUUAAAAAUACUUAUAAAUAA